AUGGAAGGACUCAGUGUAAAGGUCCACCACAUUGUAAAUGUGACAAAUACAAAGCUGGAACAAAUCAAAGAGGAAACCAGCAAAGAUGAAGAACUCCAGCUCCUUACUCAGAUGGCGAUUCAAGGGUGGUCAGAGAAUAGACAUCAGGUGCAGCCCCUCAUUCGUGAAUAUUGGGCCAUCCAUGAUGACAUAUCAGUAGAGAAUGGAGUCCUGAUGGCUAGAUCCCGAAUAAUCAUACCCAAAUCAAUGCAAAAAGAAAUUCUUGACAAGAUCCACCAAGGGCAUCUGAGAAUGGAAAAAGGCAAACUCCGAGCCAAGUCAGCUGUAUGUUGGGUAGGCAUGUACAAAGACAAAGAAAAGAUGGUUUCUACAUGCCACAUCUCUCAAAAGUACAGAAACUCACAACAAAAAGAGGAAAUGCUAUCCAGUGACAUCCCAAGAAGGCGAUGGCAAGCUAUUGGAGUAGAUCUGUUCACAGAGAACUAA